GAAAAAAACAAAAGUUGAUUUAAUUUAUUUUUUUAAAAGUAGAAGUAAGUAAUAAAAUGGGUUUAAAUUUCAUUUAAUAUUUUGAUCUAUUUUCAUAGAAAUUUGAAUUCAAUCUAGGAAAAAGGCGACAUAUGAAAGGAACAUUUAUUGGAGCCUGUGUCUCUGUUUCAAUAAUUACUUUCGUUUUAUUUUACUUUAUAACUUUAUUGUAAUUAUAUUUGAACAAUUAAAUUGAUCCAAAAUUUAGAACUCAAAGUUUUGUAAGCAACUCAAUUCAAAUUUAAUUGAAAAAUGAUUUAAUCUCAUUUUCAUUCUUCUAAGGUGAUCUAAAUUUAGAAACUUUGUAGAAAUAGAAUAAUAAAACAUAUAUAGUUCCUUUCGCAUAAUUUGUUAACUAAGGUAUAGAAUAAAAUUUAGAAAUAAUAGACUGUGACAAUCCUUAACUAAUUGGAUAUAAAUGCAUCGAUUUUUCAAAAAUUUCCUCUAACUAAACAUUACAAUUAAUGAGUGAUAAUAAUACUGUCUAUUAUAAAAGUAUGAUAAGAAUUUCAGCUUAUAGAUGUUAAGAUAUUGAUAGUAGAAAAACUUUUAUUCCUAAUAAUUGUGCAAGUCCAACUGAAAUAGAUUAAUUUAUUAAUAAUUUGAAUAAUGUUUAACGAGUAAAAUUAUCAAUAAAAUAAUUUAAUAUUACAUCGAAUUAAUUUGAGCAAUAAUAUAAAAGCCAGAAUAUUUUAAUGUCUACAUAACAAGUUAUUUUUACCGAGUUCAAAACUCAAUAAUAAAUUACAAAAGUGAAGUAAGGUUUUUUGAUGCAAUAUGAAAAUACAUUUGAAUCGCCUAUGUCCUAUAUUAUGAAUACAAUAUCUUAUUAAACUGAGUAUAUUUAAUAGAGUAUGAAUAUGAAGUAUUUUACCCAAUUCUUUUUGGACGUAGAUGAAACAGUCUUUUACACUUAAAUUUAGUAUCCUACUUUUGCAGAUGUUGUAGUACUAUGCAAUAGUGCGCUAGCCUUACUAAUGUGCUUAGGAUUUAUAUGCAAAAGAUUAGCUUUUGGAACAAUUAGAUAAGAAUUAUUUUUACUUACUCUAAAAAAUUACUUUCAAGGUACAUAUAAAAAGAUAUUAAAAUAAAAUAAUAUUUUUAAAUUUGACAGAUUAAAUAUCAAUGAAAUCAAUUAAAAAGUUGCUGAGCAUGAUAUUGAAGAAGAUGAUAUAUUAGAUUCUGUCUUUAUCCCAACAUUUGAAAUUAAAUCUGGUGAAAAUAUUCUUAAGCAUAAUAAUUUUUAUACAAUAAAAGAAGAUCAGGUUAAAGAUUCAGAAACUUAAAAAUUAGAAAAUAAUAUAAUUAUGGAUAAAUUAUAGGAAAAUCCCUAGCAUGAAUUUAAAAAUAAUAACUAAAAAAAGAUCAUUAAUAAAAAAAAAAAUGAGUAGGCAUAAUAAAUUAAUGAAAAGAUAAAAGUUGAUGAAAGUAAAUCUCUAAAAAAAAAGUUAAGACUUUUAAGAGUAAAUUCUGAUCAAUAAAAUUCUUCAAUUUAGCAACCUUAACAUAUAAACUAGUUAAAAUCUUAAAAUAAUGGCUCAUUUAAAACAUAAUACAAUGAAAAAUAUGUGAUUAAUGAUUAAUCUUACAGAAAAACCCUCAAAAACUUAAGUUAAAUUAGUUAACUAUUAUCAAGCCUUAGUAAUAAAUCUUUAAAUAAGAAAAUUGAGAAUAUUUUGUUCAAAUUUAAGAUUAGACGAAGAGUAGAAUACUAAUCUCAAUUAGGUUUAAAUCCUUAAAAAAAGAAAAUCAUUGAAGAGAUGAUAGAUAAGAAUAUAGAUUUCUUAAUGCUGUAUGAAGAUAUCUUGUUUUUGUAAAAGGCAGUCAUGAUGAUUUUAAGUAAAGAACAGUUUGCUACUCUUAAAUUAGUCAGUUGUUCAGAGUCCUUUUAGCUUUCAAAAUCAACUAAUUACAAUGCUUAAAAUAAUUGUUAAGAAAACUACUUUGAAGAAUAAUUAGCAAUUUCAUUAUCUUAAUAAAAAUAAGUUGAGUAUAUUAAACAGUUUUUUUAAAAUUGCCAUAAAAAUAGCAACUUAAGUGUUAUAGAUUAAAGAAUAUUAUCUUCUGUACUUUGA